AUGAAGUUAUUCCUUACUUUUUUUACUUUCAUCUCUAUUACACUUGCAGUAGUAUUUGAACAUCAACUCUUUAAAGUUGAAUCUAAACGUAAACGUUUAAUUAGACAAGGAAAAUGGAAGGAAUAUAUGAAACAAAAAAAUUUUAUGAGACAUAAUUUUAAAAAUCAAGUUUUAGCUUCUGUUUCUGAAAGUGUUAAUGAUUAUGAUGAUGUAGAAUAUCUAGGAAAUAUAUCAAUUGGAACUCCAUCACAAUAUUUUUCUGUUCUUUUUGAUACUGGAUCAUCAAAUCUUUGGAUUCCAGGAAAUGCAUGUGAAGAGUGUCUUGAAAAACAUCAAUUUAAUCCCUCAGAAUCAAAAACUUACAUUAGAACUGGAAAGAUGUUUAACAUAAAUUAUGGUUAUGCAUCUGUUUCUGGAAUACUUGGACAAGAUACUGUAGCAUUUGUUGGAAACAAUGGAAAACUUUCUAUUCCUAACACAAUUUUUGGACGAGCUCAUAACAUUUCUUGGCUAUUUAAGGAUGAUAUACUAGAUGGUAUUCUUGGUCUUGCUUUUCCUUCUAUUUCAAUUGAUGGUAUACUUCCACCAAUGUUUAAUGCUCAAAAACAAGGUCUUCUUAACAAACCUAUUUUUACGGCAUAUCUUCAACAUAUACAACCUGCUAAUGGAGAACUAGGAGGUUCUUUAACCUUUGGAGAUAUUGAUACGAAGAAUUGUGGACCAGUAAUUGCAUAUGAAAAACUUUAUUCUUCAACUUAUUGGGCAUUUAAGCUAAAUAAAAUUUCUCUUGGAUCUUUUAAUAUUUCAAAAGUUUUUAAUGCAAUAUCUGAUACAGCUAUAGGAAUUUUGGGUCUUCCACAAUAUUUAGUUGAUGGUAUUGCUAAGACUAUUGGAGCAAAAUUCAAUGAUGAAUAUAAAAUUUACACUGUAAAAUGCUCACAAACAUUUCCAGAUUUGAAUUUAACUAUUGGACAACAUACAUAUUCCAUAAAAUCUAAUAAACUUGUUGUUGACAUGGAUUUAGGAGACAACCUGUGCAUGGUGGGAAUGUUUAGUGUAUCAGGUAUGGGAAUUCAAGUUAUUCUUGGAAAUUCAUUCAUUCAAAGUUAUUGUAAUAUUUACGAUUUUGGAAAUAAUCAAAUUGGUUUUGCUAUACCAAAAUAA